UUGUGCCUGAGCAGCAGGUUCACAAUCACAGAUUGUGAUCAGCCCAGUAGUCCAGGUCAGAGCAGGAAACCCAUGAGCACAUGAGGUGGUGAGAUGCAGACACUGGACAGAGAGGACAUUUAUCUGGCACUGCACAAGUACACAAAGUAAAGGUGCUGAAAGAUGGUGGGGCUGAGAAACCGCUCGACAUGGGAGCCGCUGCUACUCAAAGCCUCCUGCAUCAAGUCCUGUGCUAAUGGCUGCUCCAUGGGCAUCACCGCACACCUGACCUACGCCAACGCUGACAUAGAGUCUGUGGAAGGUGUAUUUGUCUACCCUCUUGGAGAAAAAGAGGUUGUGGUGGGUUUUGAGGCUGCGAUUGCCGGCCGACUGGUGGGAGUGCAAAUCCAGAGCCGAGGGAAGCUGAAAGACUGCUGUUUGGACUGCUGCCCAGGAUCUGAUCUCGACGGACACUGUGGGAAUGGCCGGGAGUGGGGCUGCUGUGGGAUGUCUAGCCUAGACAUGCAAUGCACCAAUGGGCAUCUCAUUCUGGAUGAGGACCUGGAAAGAACUACCUUUAUAGUGGGCUGUGGAGUCAUUGGUCCGAUGGAUAUCGUCUCUGUGAUUAUAAGCACCACGUUAGAACUCCCCACCUUAGAAAAUGGAGCAAUCCGCAUUGUUUACCCAGCACUGCUUACUCCCAUUGUUACUGGUCAAAUGACUCAAAGCAAGAGUGAAAACGGGGGGAAAUCUGAUGAAACUGGGGGGACCAGUUGCUUUGGCGCAACCUCAGGAAAACCAGACCGGGCCUUCAGCUCUGAGCAGCAGUGCUCCCACGCCAUCUUCACCAGUCCAGCCGCUAACCUUGCACCGUAUGAACUCAACUUCCAGCUGCUGGUCAGAGGGGCCUGUUUGCUAGCUGGACUAGAGAGUCCUACUCAUGCUCUGAGGGCAGAUGCAGAUCCCAGUGCUCAAAGUGCCUCUGCCACCUACAUCACGUUGGCACAAGAGCAUCCGUAUGACAGACACAUAGAGAUCGUUUUGCACCUCAGUGAACCUCACAAUCCAUUGAUCAUAUUAGAAAGAGGCAGGCUUUCCUUCAGUCAGUAUGAGCAGCAGAUUUGUUCCCGCCGGGAUUUCAUUCGCUGCACUCGCAAAGAUUCAGAGCCUGAGAGAAAGAUGGAGUUUGUAAGAAAGCGAUACCACAAGGACAUCCUCUGUAGCCCCGUCUUAAUGCUCAAUUUCUGUCCUGACCUGCUGUCUGAACCUCUGGAGCUGCAUAAAGCCACGAGAGAGCUGCUGUUCCUUGUUGAUCGAAGUGGCAGCAUGAGUGGCACCAACAUUAAUCGCGUCAAGGAAGCCAUGGCGGUGGCUCUGAAGAGUCUGCCCUCCAGGACAAUGCUCAACAUUGUUGGAUUUGGUACCACCGUCAAGCCUUUGUUCAACUCCAGCAGGCUUUGCACUGAUGUGACCCUGCUGCAGGCUUAUGAUUACGUCCAGAGGAUGAGAGCUGACAUGAGGGGGACCAACCUGCUGGGGGCACUGUCUUGGCUCUACCAGCAGCCCAUGCAGCGUUCAUACCCUCGUCAGGUCUUCAUCAUUACGGACGGAUCCAUCAGCAAUGUUGCCAAAGUGCUGGAGCUGGUACGCAGAAACACUUGUGCUGGGAGAUGUUUUGGCUUAGGCCUCGGACCUCGAGCCUGCAGGAGACUCCUGCAGGGAAUCGCCAAACUGACAGGAGGGACUACAGAGUUUUUGGAUGAGGAAGAGAGACUCCAGCCCAAGGUGAUCAAGUCUCUGAAAAAGGCUUUUGAACCUGUGCUGACUGAUGUUCGUAUUGACUGGUACCUGCCAGAGAAUAUGGAGGCUCUUCUCUCCCCAAACGAAAUCCCUCCACUCUACCCUGGUGAUUGUGUCGUUGGAUAUUGCACUCUUUAUGACAUGACGGGUUUCAAAACCAAAAAGAUAGAGUCUCAAGGACGGGACUAUAAACUCUCACAUCGGGACUCCACUGGUUCUGUUUUCGGCCAGUCAAAUGAUGAGCUUUCACCCCCUCCUGCUUCUGAACUAAUGCCGGUGGUGACCGGUGCUGAUGGCGCUGACCUGGAGGAGGCCCUGAGAGAAAUCUCUAGAGAAAUCUCCUCUGAAUUCUCUUGUGCGAGAAACACGGACCCUGGAACCAGUCCCGGUGUGGAGCUGGACUGGUCCAGUGAUAUAAGGAAGAGAAUCCAAGAGAGUUCGUACAUCCAGGAGCAGUACAUCCUCACUCACUGCUCCCUGAGUAGUGAGCGAAGUCUUCAAACACAUUCCCACUCACACAUACACGCUUCCAACUCAGACUCGGCAGGCGACACCUUUUUGUGUGACUCUCAUUCCUCUGGACCGGUGUUUGAUACCGGGUCUCUACCUCAAGGCCUUGAGAAGAUGCCCUCUCCUGACCAGAGAUCCACUCUGUCUCGCUGGGCAGACUCAGCAUGGCAGCAAAGCCUUUCGGCUGAACCUCCUGACAACGGGGCAAAAAAGGCAAGACGAAUAAUUGAGCGCCUGGAUGUAGGCGAGGAGUCUCGUAGGAGACAAAAAGCACUUGCCCGUUCGACCAUGGCAGCGAGGAGUUUCUCAUCACCCCAGGGUGAGCUGGAGAUGCAUCGCCUGAGGAGGGCUCUGGAGAAGGUGUCCUUCGACCAAACUCUAGGAGGGAGGCUUGACGAAAGUGAUGGAGAGACAAAGACGCCUUCAAAAGGGACUCUGUCCCACAGGAGCCUAACUGACUCCAAUGGACUUCUGUUUCCUGCCUCCCCCUUGGACUGGGACAACCUCACAGACCCAGAGUAUCUCUUCACUGCUGUUCCACCAGAGGAUCCCCCACCAGGUAAAUGCCGCUCCCUCAUUCAUGGGGUCCUGAAUGGAAGGCCUGUGUCCUGGGACGUCACUGUAGACCUGGGACACCUCUGGAACCCUGAGGGUGAGAAAAUCAAAGGGGUUGACAGAUGUGAAAGCAGUGGGGAAGAAGAAGGAAAGCCAUGGGAAGAGAUUAUUCACCAACUGACCGCCCGCUCAGUAAUAAGGGACUUUGAGAAAAUGGCAGAGAAAGAGGGCAACGGUGGACAAAGUGCGGCUAAACGGCAUCGUACGAAGGCUAUCCAGACAAGUAAGCAUUGUAACAUCAUCUGCAUGUACACAGCCUUCACCACUAGCAACAGCAGCCCCAAUAAAGUCUCAUCAGAAAGCAUGGAUGUAUGCAGCACAGGCAUUCACCUGGGGAACAGGCAGACCUCUCAGUCUGGUAGCGGCAGGCAGAAGACCUACUCGGUAGGACUGGGCAGACGGCGCACCAGCAGAGACAGCGAGGAGGUCGACGACACCUGGAACUCAACAGACAGAGAUGACACUCCUGCCUCACCCUGUAGCGUUGCCUCCUGGAGUUCUAAUGCAGGUGGUAUGGGUUUCUGUACCAUGGCCCCUUCAACAACCGGCCCUUCGUGCAAUCGUUCGCAGCGAUCCAUAGAGAGCAAGUCGAUGGAGAGCUUCUUUGGCACCCGGUUCCCACUGGGCAGACUCAGGUCCUCCAUUUCAUCAGGAAAGCAGGUUCCCCUCAAGUCCCACUGUUUAUCAGCAGAGACUGACAAGCAACCAGAGAGUGAGGCCCCAGACUAUCUGCCCCUGGUGCACCUGCAGCUUGCAUCGGGGGCUUUUCUGCUGACAGAGGUCUACUCCGACUGCGUCCAGAUCCCCCUGGACCGCCUUAAAAGAGCGUCGCCUUACAGUCUUCACCGCCGCAGCCUCAGCCCGGCCUUCCGCUGCAUAUCCCCCAGCGCUCCCUCUUUAUCCACCGCCGCCAGGGCCUCAGGUGCCCCCGUCAGUCACCACGUUACCUUCUCCCCUUCCUCGUGCUCACUCGCCAAACCGGCCGCUCCUCCCUUUCACCACACUUCAGACGGCACCCCGUUGAUUCUGGAGUCAAGGCUUCUGCGGAGACACCUGUCCGACCGAGACCCUGCCACCUCACCCCCUGACCUCCCGAGCUCCGAGGAGGGCUCCCUGGAGCUCUCAGUCGGCCUCUCUCAGAGCCAGAGCCUCGGCCAGGCGGACAGCGGCCGCGGCUCGGAGACGGACGUCUGCGAGGGCUCCUCCGUGGAACCCGCUGACCUCCAGUGCGGCAGCCAGCUGGCUCAGGACGACCUGGAGGGCUCGAGCUGGGCCACGGCCGUGGCCCUGGCCUGGCUGGAGCAUCGCUGCGCCGGCUACUUCAUGGAGUGGGAACUGGUGGCGGCCAAAGCAGACUUCUGGCUGCGCGGUCAGCAGCUGCCGGAGGGAGUGGACCUGGCAGGGCUCAGAGGAGCAGCCAGACAGCUGUUUCUGCUGCUGCGCCACUGGGACGAGAACAUCCAGCUCAACAUGCUGUGUUAUAACCCCAACAAUAUGUGA